CAGUAUGCUACUGCCAGCUUCGGCAGCCUCUUCCGUCGCGCCCGAGUCGAAAAUUUCAGCGUCAUCGCCACCAAAAAACUCGCCUUCUUGCUGUUCAAAAUUUUCGUCUCGAAAGGUAUUGCCGGUAGAAAAAGAAGUAUCGUCCGAAAACGAAGGUCCCGAAAAGUCCGUUCCGUCGUCCUGGAAAGUAGUUUCUUGAAAUGCAUCAUCAAUUUCGCUGCUGACAGCGUUUGAGAACGUUGUCGAAGCAUCGUCCAUCGUGGUGGUUGCUUCUUGGUCAAUUGGCAAACCUUCGUUCGCUGCUGCAACUAUUUCUUCCCCGGAAUCGACAUCGGUGGUGCCCGGGACAUCGAUUGGUGCCCCGGCACCACCCUCGGCACCUUCCGCUCCUCCCCCGGUCCCCCCCAUACCGCCAACAGGUAUCACAGGACCGAAACCACCACCGGAUGGAAUACGACUCGCGAUCUCUGCAAUCAUUCGAUCCGGUGGCAUGCCCUGCAGCCAACAACGUCCGGGACCCGUCAGUGUCGUAACGAACAGUCCCUCGCCUCCGAACACGACGUUUUUCACUCCUUGCAUCAUUUGAAUAUCGUACGACACGGUCGGCUCAAAAGCAACAAUGGAUCCAGAUGUUGCGCGCAAAACCUCUCCCUCUUCUAAUUCCCGUUCGAUAAGAGUUCCUCCUGCUUUGAUCAAUACAUCGCCUGCUCCCACCAAGCGCUGCAAAAUAAAACCCUGUCCUCCAAAAAACCCAGCGGUCAUCGUUUUCGUGAACUCCAUUUGUAUGUCUACCGUCGUAUUGCUUGCAAGAAAUGCACCUCUCUGGGCAAUUAGGCUUCCUCCGUGCUCCUCGAGAGAAAAGCGGAUGAUUUUGCUUGGAAAGUCCGUUCCCAGCGCUACAGUCCCUUUUCCCUCACCGUUCUCGUUGUUUGUAUCUCUGUAGGUAAAGUCGGUCAGGAAGAUAUUCUGGCCCGUCAUCAUGCGUUUAAAUGCAGAAGAUGAACCUUCUAGGGUCGUCGCCAUUUCCACGCCUUGUGUCAUGUAUAUCAUCGAUCCCGAUUCCGCCCGAAGCCUCUCGCCCGGGCGCACUGUGACGGUAGCGAUCUGUGAUUCCUCGCCCUCGAUUUUUGACGACACCGCGAAAUCGAUCGGAACAUCGUUCUGCGCGGGACUCGCGGGAAGGUUGCGAGAAUCGUUUUCGUCCUGGCGCCGAAUGGACGACGGAGGCGAAGAGAACGACAGCCGAGAUUCGCGGUCGUAGCCGUAACCGAACGUUGCGAAGGCGGCGGCACGUCUAGUCGGGUGCAGGCGAGACAGAAAAAUCACUGCUCUCGAAGCCUUGUCUCCGGUAGCUUUCGAAAGCAUGUUGGGUUCGUCUCGGACUUUUUGUUUGGUUGGAAAUAGUCUUUGGAGUUGAGAAUAUGCGAUCCAAAACACUCGUAACAAAGUAACAUCAGUUUCCCGGUAUUCAGCAUUCAGUUCAAUAAAGGAUUUCAAUCAGA